AUGCCACCUCACAGAUCUGCCAGACGCACUGAGAGAACACAAACAAAUUCACCCCUGCCGCCUCCCCAGUUUGUUCCCGUUAUGUUCCAGGCUGCUGUUACAGCCGCAGUUGCAGCUGCUAUGUCUCAAAUUAGCACUGAUGGUGCCAGGAGGACAGGGAGCGGUAUUAACGUCUCUACUCAAGGGGAUAGCCAAGGGCGUUCGAAAGAAUGUUCCUAUAAAGACUUCACAAAUGGCAAACCCGCUUCUUUCAAUGGAAGUGGGUGCGUCAUUGAUUUGAUGCAGUGGUUCGAGAAGACUAAAUCCGUCUUUGAGAUCUGUGCAUGCCCCGAAUUACACAAAGUCAAAUUCGCAGCCUGCACAUUCUCCGGCAGGGCCCUCACUUGGUGGAACGGCCACGUAAAAUCGCUGACACUCUCCAUGGCUAACUCGUUAAGUUGGGAAGACUUGAAAACUAUGAUGAUGAAGGAAUAUUGCCCCACGGGUGAGGUGCAAAAGUUAGAACAGGAAUUGUGGAACCUCAAGAUGACGGGCUUUGACCUUGUAGCUUACACCACCGGAUUCAAUGAUCUAGCACUCCUCUUUCCUGCGAUGGUUACCCCGGAAAACAAGAAGGUGGAACGAUAUCUCUGGGGCCUAUCAUCCCAGAUUCAAGAUAGCGUGUUGGUCUCAAAGCCAACCACUUUUGAAAGUGCCAAGGAGCUGGAACAGCAACUCAUUGAUCAUCGGGCCAGCCAUGUCACGGUGUCGACCACCUCUAAUCAGGCAAAGGGAGGAAACAACAAUAGAAAGUUCUGGAGCAAUAAAAAGAAGCAACCGCCACAGGACCCCGCCAAGAAGCAACAGACUGUUGCUAUCCGUGCAGCCACCACUGCUACCACUCCGACAUCACCAAAGAAAUAUGUAGGAAAUCUCCCUAAUUGCAACAAGUGCAACUUCCACCACAAUGGUUCUUGUCGGGAAAUACACUGCAAAAACUGCGACAAGAUGGGGCACACUGCUCAUUUCUGUAAAGCGCCAGCGAGACCGAUCAACCAAGUUGCCAAUAAAGGGGCAAGCCAAACCUGCUAUAGAUGUGGUGAAGAAGGACACUUCAGGAGGAACUGCCCCAAGGCACAAGCCCCUAAUGUUGGAGGUGUAGGGAGAGUCCUGGUAAUAGGACAUGGGGAAGAAGUCGAGGAACCUACAGUGGUUACCGAUAACCAUUCGUUAGAAAUCGAUCUAAUGCCAGUCACCAUAAAAUGUUUCAACAUCAUCAUUGGUAUGGAUUGGUUAAGCUCUCAUCGUCCCGACAUUCUAUGUUAUGAAAGGGCCAUUCGCCUUAAUCUGCCAAACGGAAAAACCCUUCUCAUCUAUGGCGAUAAACCCACUGCAAAUUUGAAAAUCAUCUCUUGCGUUAAAGGCCAAAAGUACCUCCGAAAGGAAUACCAUGCAUUCUUAGCCCACGUCGUAGACAAGAAACAAGAGGUGAAGGACAUCAAAGACAUUCCAGAAGUAUGCAACUUCCCAGAUGUAUUCCUAGAAGACCUGCCAGGUGUACCACUCGCAUGA